UUAGGCUAUGUGCAGGUCUUUCCUUGUAGUCUUUAAAGGAGGAAACAGCCUGAUUGGGGCCAGCAUGAGCGUCAGAGCGUGCGGCUUGAUCAUCUUCAGGAAACUUCAGGAGCUCUCCUCUGCUUCCACCAUUGAAUUCCUCCUCCUUCAGACCUCCUAUGGAAGCCACCACUGGAGUCCUCCAAAAGGCCACGUUGAUCCCGGGGAAGAUGACCUGCAAACAGCCCUCCGGGAGACAAAGGAAGAGGCUGGGCUGGACGCCUCCCAGUUCACCAUCCUGGACGGGUUUAGGAAAGAGCUGAACUAUACUGCCAAUGGGAAACCCAAGACCGUCGUCUACUGGCUGGCUGAGAUGAAGGACAGCAACGCAGAGAUCAAGCUCUCUUCGGAGCACAUAGCUUUCCGUUGGCUGAGCCUCGGCGAGGCUUGCAAGCUGGCAGAGUUCCUGGACAUGCAAAGCACAUUGAAGGAGGCGCAUCAGUUCCUCUGCUCCAAAGUAUGACAUUGUCAGAAGAAUGGUUAGUGUGCUACAUCCAUAAAAAUAAACCAUGGGCUACUAGUAAAAUACAA